CGCCGGGAAGCGGCGAAUCAGAGCAGCGGCUUCAGCCUUGACUGGCGCGCGACAGUUUGAAUACAGUGGAGGAGCUACGGGCUGGGCUGAGGAGAGGUCUCCGGCUCCGGGGGGCAGGAGUUCAGGUAAGAAGAUGCCAGCUUGUACCACAAGGAAAAGGAAGCAGCAUCCUUUGAACGGUGACAACCUGUUAACAGAUGCUCCAACCAAGAAAUUAAUUUUGGACUUAACUGAAAAGACAUUUCCAUCACCUAAUAAAAAGCACAUUUGCCAAAGCAGCGAUAAAAAUGAAGAAAAGGUGCAUUGCUCUCAACAAGGGCACUUCAUUUCAAGUCCUCUCAAAACAACUAAAAAAAAUAGAUCGCCAUCUGCAAAUCAAAGUUCGCCAUUUAAAUCUGCCAUGUCUACUGUAUCCUUUUACAACAAAGAUAAGUGGUACCUCAGUCCACUGGAGAGAAGGCUGAUAAAAGACAGUAGAUCCAUUUGUCCAAAAACUAAGAGUGAAGAUAAGUCUUUUCCCAGUGUGACAAAAAAAACACAGGGAAACCCAGUUUACACCAAGAAGAUGAACAAAAAACCACACAAGAGUUUAACUCCUAAGUAUCAACCAAGUUAUAAGUGCAUCAAGCCAGUUUCAAAGAAUUCUAAAAAUUCCAAGAAAAAUCAAGUGGCUUGUAAGCCAAUUGUGGAGAAAGAGAAUAACUGUUACUCAACUGAAAGUAAUCUGAAUGCUCCUCGGGUUCUAAGCCAAAAAGUCAAACCACAAGUUACACUCCAGGGAGGAGCAGCAUUUUUUGUUAGUAGAAAAAAAUCCUCUCUUAGAAAAUUGCCUCUGCAAGGUAAACCAGUACUGGGAUUCACCCAAGAGAAUGAAUCAAAAGUAAUUAAAGAUUCUAAAAUAACUGUCACUGAAAGACGUUUUGAGACAAGGCAAAUGCCAAAGUGCCUGUUAUUAGAAAAGAAACUUAAAAAUGGAGCGAAAUUAAUAAAGGAUUCAUCAGAUGGAGUAUUUUCUUCAAAGGAAUGUAAACCUGAUGAAAAUAAAUGUUUUCCCUCUGAAGAUUCUCUCAGUGAGAACAAGGCAGUUUCCCCUGAGUCCACUGUGUAUCCCAUCUUCAGUGUGUCUUCAGUCAGUACAAAAAGAUCUCUAGUUGAAGAACAGUCUUCUGUGGGAUCCAUCAUAUCUACUAACUCCUUGAAACAGACCAAUAAUCAAAAAAGUACUAAUGCCAGAGAUACAAAUAAAGAAACAAAAGAUCAGCUCAUCAUUGAUGCAGGUCAGAAACAUUUUGGAGCCACCAUGUGUAAGUCUUGUGGCAUGAUCUACACUGCUUCCAGCCCUGAAGAUGAACUACAGCACAUUCAGCAUCACCACAGAUUUCUGGAGGGAAUCAAAUAUGUAGGCUGGAAAAAAGAACGCAUAGUAGCAGAGUUUUGGGAUGGAAAAAUCGUGUUGGUCCUGCCACGUGAUCCAAGCUAUGCUCUCAGAAAGGUAGAAGAUGUCAAAGAACUUGUCGAUAAUGAAUUGGGCUUCCAGCAAGUUGUUCACAGAUAUCCAAACAAAACCAAAACUUUUCUCUUCAUAUCUGAUGAGAAGAGAGUAGUUGGGUGCUUAAUUGCAGAGCCCAUCAAACAGGCCUUCCGUGUCCUGUCUGAAGCAACUGGCCCAGAAUCUCCAAGCUCAAAAGAAUGUCACAGGGCUUGGCAGUGUUCAAAUGUACCAGAACCUGCAAUCUGUGGGAUAAGUAGAAUCUGGGUGUUCAGACUAAAGAGAAGAAAACGCAUCGCAAGACGACUGGUAGAUACUCUCAGGAAUUGCUUCAUGUUUGGCUGUUUCCUCAGCACUGACGAAAUAGCAUUUUCUGACCCAACACCAGAUGGCAAGUUAUUUGCAACUAAGUACUGCAACACCCCUAAUUUCCUUGUAUACAAUUUUAAUAGUUAAAUCCAAUUUCAACUAUAGAAGAGUUAUUGUAUGUAUGAGUUCAGAUAGUCCAUUGCAUAAAUACAAACUAUUUAACAAAUAUCAAAAUAAAAAUACUAAGACACACACAUCCACACAAAAUUGCCUCAGUUUUGUUUCUUAUGAAUUGAAAAGUCAAGGAUAAAUUUGUUGAAAAUUAUCUGGGCAUUUCAGAGAAAGGAAAUAAUCUUUGCAUGAUAUACAGAAUGCUGAAUCUUGUUAUAAAACUUUGUAGCUGUAACUGGAAAAUUAUUUGCUUCCUACAUAAGAACAUUGACAAAGCAAAAGCAAAGUGGCUGCCCACAGAAAGAUGACCCCUUAUCUUUUACAAACCACCCUUUGGAUGAGGACUCUCUCAUGCCUCAUCAGAAGCAAACAGGAAAAUUUUAAGACAGAUCAUUUCCAUGCCCUAUUUUUAAAGAUAGUACUGAAAUUCUGUACACAGAAUUUUUAUUUUGUAGGUAUUUGGCUGUAACAACUCAGUUUGAAUAUAUUUAGAAAGUGCUUUCAAUUUCUCAUUUGUAGAAGGGAAAGACGGCAAAUAAUGAGUACGGUUUUCAUAUCCUUUUAUGUGGAACAGAAUUCUAUGGCUUAAUGUUUAAAUCUUUUAAAAAGUCAUAUUUAUCAAAGCACACCUGUCAUCACAUUUAAUUAAAAUUGAAAUGUAGUAAUCGCACUAUUUCACUAACUUCUGGUGUGUGAAAAUGCUAACUGCCACCUUAAUGUAUUACUGGGAUUGAUGUCAUUAAUAAAAUGGAUACCCAAUUGGAUUAGAUGACUCAUGGUUAUGUUUUAAACUUGUUUGCAUGUUUAAAAUACAAGUGACUUAUUCUGGAACAUCUGGCAAAAGUGCUGAUAAAAUAUAUAGUAACAGAACCAAGGUUAGGAAAUAAAUAUAUCUAGGCUGGUGGGCCAGAAAACAUGAUGAUAGUAUGUAAGUAAUCCUUAAUAUGCACACAUUUUUCUAGUGUAAUUCUUGGAUACUUAUUUUGAAAAGCAAAGAAUUAUCCAGAUUCUUUUUGAUUCUAAAAAAAUCAUUUAACCUGCUAUCUGACAAUAAGACUACAGGGAGUAUUUUCCAGGUUGUAACUGUAGAAUCUGUUCAUCUGCAUUCUUUUAUUUACCUGUAAGUAAACAUGGUUCCAAAAUUUAAAAGCCUGGGUUCUGAAAAUAAUUGAAGCUUUAAAAUAUAUGUAAUUAUGCAGAAGUUUUCAUGCUAUUUUCUGCA